UACACAGGCUACAACUCACACUUUCUCCCCAAGGCCAUUCACUACUCCUAUAUAAAGGGUAUCAUCAAUGCUAAUCUCCUCAUACUCAUAUCUGUGUCAUAACAACAUUGGAUUUUCAUAAACCCUAUUGUCUCCUGAUCAUUAUUAUUAUUACUAUACAUAUUCACAAUGGCCUCAAGCUCAGCUUGGACAUCAAAGCAGAACAAAAAGUUUGAGAAUGCUUUGGCCAUCUACGACAAGGACACCCCAGAUCGGUGGCAGAACUUGGCUAGGGCCGUGGGAGGGAAGACCGUGGAAGAAGUGAAGAGGCACUAUGAGAUGCUCGUCGAUGACUUGAAGCAGAUUGAGGAAGGUCACGUCCCCUUGCCCAAUUACAGAAACGUUUCUGCAACAGUUGGACCCAACAUCAAAGGUUACACUUACAUGGACCAAGAACAAAGGUUGAAGGUUCUGAGCCUCCGGUGAACUAAAGUAUGAGAGGAGCAGAAGCAGAGUAGGUGGGAAAAAGAAUGAGGCAUAUUAGUACAUUGUGAAUGAAGCUAAGUGUAGAUUAAAAUGCACGCACCUAGCUUUGUUCUAUGAUGACAAAAUCAAGUUUUAUUUGGUUCUCUUCCUAUUUUUCUAUAUAUGUUAAGUAUAUCUGCCGUGUAAUCCAAAUCAAUGUAAAAAUCAAAUUAUCCAUCUACCAGGUAGUUUCUGUCAAGUUCUUUUUAAUCUCUUUUUUGGGUGCAUAUAAUUAUGGAAAUAGGAAAAGAUCU